AUGGGCUGCCUCCAGAUCUUCCUGCCUGGCAUCGGCUCUUGCGUUGCCUUCUUGCUAGGCAUUCUCUCUCUCUUUGCUGGCAGUCAACGCCAGUUUCUACCGCAGGCAGACCUUUUAACCGUAAGUGAAAAGUAUUACCUAUUCCACCAUACACCACUGAUGCCUUCUUUCAAGUUACACACAGGAGGAGCCGGCGGACAAGGUGCUCCUGAUUACUUCUCCAUCUACACCAUGUCCUACUGCACCGGGUACCAAGAAACAUACAUAUCAGACGAGACCACCAAUGCCACAUCAACCAAAAACGAGAUCGUUGACUGUUCCGACCGCACUGUGUUGUUCACCUUCAACCCCGGCGAGGCCAUAAUAAAAGCCAUGGGCACCCCAUCAGGCAGCCUCUCCCCGGACAGCUGGCCGUCCUGGAUAACAGACGAUUUCGAGGCGUUAGCUCCGACCAACACCGCCAUGGUCUUGCUCAUGAUCCUUGGAACUACCGCAUCCGCUAUAUCCAUCGGAAUCCGCAUCUGGACGGUCGUGUGUGCACGGGCAUCGGAAAAUAGCAGGCCGCCCAUGUACCCUGGGAGGCCGGCAUCUAGCUUCGAUCUUGAUAUUCCGCCAUCUAGCAUUGAAUUUCUUGCCUAUCUGGCAAGCCUUCUCACCUUCGCAAUCGCUUCCAUUAUUGCUAGCGUCAUCACAACCGAGUUUGUGAAGUUGAUUAACAAAUCCGGCAGUGGAUGUGGGGUCUCAGCGACGACGGGGACGUCGUUCAUGGGGAUGGUCUGGACAGCCGCGGUGCUGCAGGCUCUUACCACGGCUAAUAGUCUCGUUGCUAUUCUCCGCUAUCGUGCUCAGCAUUGUCGGUGUGAUUGGGAUGAGUCGGCGUCGUCUGAGUCGGUGGAGCAGAAGCCGCUGGUAGGAGGGGAAUGA